GUUCUUCGCAGUUGCUGACGCGAUUGUCUCCGAAAAUUUGUCCGGAAACUACUCUUUCGAUUUCGACAAGACGUAUACUGAUCGCUUGCUCACGCAAAUGCAGGAUGCUCAGGAAGCAACACACAGCAAAACCUACGGUUUGCUACUGAAAGCCUUGACGGCUGGACCAAAUCAAAAAGAGGAAAGAGAGAUGCUCAUCAACGCCUUUAAAUCCUCUCCAGCAACAGCGCUGCCUCCUGUGACAGUGGUGCUGCCACAUGUUACCCACACGCCACACUCGAUACUACCUCCGAUACCUGCAUCACCUCUGUCUCUGCCUCAUGGAACUGCUCCUGGAGGCUUUUUACGAUCAUCUCUAUUCUCUCUCCCAACAGGAGAUGCUGAAACAGGAAACGCUGGAACAACUGCAGGCACAGAAGCUGGAUUUGCUGUCGCUGGUGCAGAAGCAUCUUCAGGACUUUAUUUGGUAGGGAGUCCUACUUCAGGACUGAAUUCGUCAGCUUCCGAACCUCCAAAAUUGAUGAAGAAUUCUUCUCGUCGUCAAAAAAAGAAGAGCAGAGAUUUCCAGUCUCCAGGAAUCAAAGCAAAGCUUGACUUUGCAGAGCGAUAUAUGAACACCGCUGAGCGCUCCAUGGGCUUCCCUGGGGAGCAUCUUGCCACCCGAUUAAUCGCUUUCGCCUGUGUUGAGGGGAUCAUGUUUGCGAGUGCGUUCGCCACCAUUUUCUUCUUCAAGCAUUCUUUGGAGUUUGCGACUUCACUGCCCUCUUUGAUUGGCAGCAACGACUACAUUUCCCGCGAUGAAACGCUCCACACCGAGAUCGCAGUCUACAGAUACUGGUCCUUGUACGGAAAAUCUAGAAGCCUAGUAAGACCUAGAAAUGAAAAGAUCUCACAGAUAAUCAAGGAUGCAGCAAACGCAGAAUUGAUGUUCGUGAAUGAACUCUAUGGAGGAGGUGCUCUUGGUGAUGUUGAUGGGGGCCUACUAGAAGAUUCUGACGACGAAGAUAUCGUCCACAUGUACGAUCCCACUACGGGUAAUCACAUGAAUGGCGAGAAAAUGGCGCACUACGUCAAGUAUGUGGCCAAUGAUUUGUUCCUGAAGUUUGUAGAAGUGCCUGAUCAACAUCAUACAACAAGAAGAACAAACGCAACGCUGGAGGAUGGAGAUGGUCAUGGUCAUGGUACUACAAGAACUGUAACAUCUCUAGCAGCCGACCAAAGAGACAUCCCUCAUCUUCCUUUCCCGGGAGUGACUGAGCUAAACCUUGCUUUUAUGGCAAAACAAGGGGCUGCGAACAUGGUGGACAUGCAGAGUCGCCGAUCGUUUAACUACAGGUCCGACGCAGACAAACUGGACCUAGAUGCAGCGAAGAAAGACAUAGUGGAGGGAUUGAAGCAACUUCGGAGCCUGGGUAUUGGAGUGGAGACGAGCGCACAAUGGUUGUUGAACUAAGAGGAAUCUGCAAGAAGAGACGAAAACGAAAUAAAGAUAAAGAGCAGUAAGAGUUUGAAAAUAUAAUGUUCAUCUUGUAAAGAGCGUAAUUUAUUAGAAGUGCUGGAGCACAUAGCGCUGGUUAAACUUAGAGUAGAUGAUGAUCAGCACAUGAUGAGCAGGAUGAUAUUAUGAUCACGGACAGGCUCUUGCUCUACUUCUUUUUGCUGCUAAGUAAAAGUACUAGUAGAAGAGGCAGAGUGGGAGACGGGUGUGACUAAGGAGCAGGUGAAGCUCUACUACAGCCAAAAACUACACUGCUUGUUGUUGUUCUACAACACCCGUUUAUAACCGAACUGGGUUGUAUCUCAUCUUCGUUAUGAAGAGUUAGAGUAACAAUUAGUAGUGUAAGUAUUAGAGCUAUGGCUAUGCAUAAUUAAGAAAGUCCACUUCGAAGAACCACGAGCAGGACCACGUAUAUGGGAGGCCAACUUAGCAUUCAUACUAAGUAUGUGAUGUCAAUUCGGCACCUUAGAAGCCAGUUUAAGCGGUCAACGCGGUGGUUCGUGGAUAAUACUAAAACUAGUGGUCCAAUGUUGUAUCGGACUUGACAAACUCGAGAAACAAUUACACCAGAACGGAGAAUAGGUGUAGUUUGUUUUAGACGAACAAUACGUUAGGAAGGUGUGGAUAAAGUAGCUACAACAGCGUAGUAGGUGUGGGAGGAAAAGUAAUGAGGAGUCAUGAAAAUAAUAGAUGCAACAUGGGAAGGAAGCAAUAGAUAAACGUGCACCUAUUAUAAUUAAAGACUCUAUAUUUCCCCGCGAAUGGGUACAUCAAUCAAUCAAUCAAUCAAUCAACCCGGUUACCGUUAUGCUGUUGCGUUAGAUCCUAUUCCUCUACCUGUUCCUGUUCGUCGCUUGCAACUAAUUGAAACAACUUGUUGAGUCGUUGAUGUACGUUUACUUCCCGGUUUCAUAAAAAAUUUUCUAACUCGUGUGAUGAACGUACUUAGCUAGAAGGGCUUACUUGAUUCUGCUUCGCGAAGCAUCAUGGUAUUCCAUCUUCAUGUAGAGGGAUCUCGGUAAAAAAGACAAAAAGUACUUCAACUAUGCAAGUUUUUAAAAACUGAUGUCGUGGGAGUGCAAGUGGACGUCUGAGGAUUGGACUGCGUAUCGAUCAUCAACAUGCCCACGUCUACCACAUCUCGACCUUCAUUAAGAACACCACUACAUCGAGGAGAUCAUGAGUUAAAGUUGCGGUAGAAAAAAUUCACGUAGAUUAGAAUAUAGAGAUCUUCGAAAGCACUAUUUCAUCAAAGAGAAAGGGCGUUAGCGUUACAGAGGAGGAAGGCAUGCAACGCAGUUUUGCUUUUGGCGUUUUGAGUAUGUAUUUUAUCAAAAGUAAGAGAAGAUAAAAAGAAAAUGAUAAAGAGCGGGAAGAGGUGAGCCACCUGCAGCUUUAACAACCUCCUGCCAUAAAAUACAGCUUAAGGUAUUAGAAACAGAGGCGAACAAGAACAUAUUGCAAAAACUUAGACGAAACAUCACAACCUCAACCUAUCCAUUAGAGGGGAAAAGUGUGAUCUUGCAAAUGCAAAAUCUAAACUCUUAUAACCUUAUUACGCAGGCGUGUUGAACAUCACUUUUCUUUGAAUUUGCAAAUCGUGUCUGAAGAACUGGAACUGAAACAAGAACAAAGAACACAUGUCACAGC